GCGAAACUUGAAAAUGAACCACUUAAAAACACAAUUAGCCAUUUAACAUGUUAUUUUUGCUACAUAGACGAUACUUUCGUAGUAUUAGAAAGAGAACAUGGAAAGGACAACUUACCUAAAAUAUUUAAUAACAUCCAUCAAUUAAUUUCACAUCAGAGGAAGAACAGAACAAAAGCAUGUCAUUUCUAGAUGUCCAAUUAACUAGACGAGCAGAUGAAACUUUAAAAAGAGGGUUACACAGAAAUUCUGCAACAGGACAAUAAACUCAUUUCUAUAAUGCAAUACCAAUCAGAUACGAAAGGAACUUGAUGACGAUCCUGACUUAUCGUACCAGAAUGUUUUGUUCUGAUAACACUAUUGUAUAUGGAUUGGUUAAUAUAUGUAACAUGUUUAGUUAGAAUGGGUACCCUAUGAAAUUCAUCGACAGACACAUGAAGGAAAUGAAAAGAAGGACAAAGAUACCCACCGUUCCUAAGAAAAUGAUACUACUGAAGAAAUUGUUACUCGGAGAUUACGAAAAGCGGUACAAAAAACAUUUAAUGCAGUCAGACCGUGUUAUCUACUACAACCACCACAAAAUAGGAACGACCGAUAAAGACGGAUUGGCUGAACUUGCAAAAUCCAUGUGUAUUUAUCAAUUCAACUGCUCCUGCGGAGCUAGUUAUAUAUGGUGCACAAUUCGGCAAGUUCGUCAUCAUAUAACAGAGCACCAUUCGUCGUGAUUGAGCCAAGGACAAAUGAACGUGAUCAUAUACAAAAAUGUUUGUUUACCAACUGGAUUAAUGCUCAAUUAGAUGGAGUCUAUUCAUCGGAAUUUCUCAAUUAUCUAUCUUAUCCAAAUGAUCUACAUAAUAGUUGGGCAUAUCAUAAUAGUUCAAUGAAUAGAUUACCACAUUCACCAUCAUGGGAAGUAUCAUCAUCUACAUAUAGAUCCUAUGCUAUUGGACAUACUUAUUUAGUGAAAGAAUUAUAUCAUGAUUUACGUGAUGGAAGAAUUUUACUACGUUUAUUAGAAUUACUUUCAGGAAGACAAUUUACAAGAAUUAAUCAUAGCAGAAUGCGAAUUCAUCAAUUGGAGAACAUCAAUAAAGCACUUGAUUUUCUUUAUGAAGAAGGAGCACAUCUUGAAAAUGUCGGUGCACAAGAUAUUGUCGAUGGUAACCCAAGAAUUACAUUAGGUCUAAUAUGGACAAUUAUAUUACAUUACCAGGUUCAGGAUAUCGUUGUCAAAGAAUCAGAUGAAACUGGUGAAGUUAGACAUGCAAGAGAUGCUUUACUACUUUGGUGCCAGCUUAAAACAGCUGGAUAUCCUCAAGUUGAAGUUGUUGAUUUUACAAAAAGUUGGCGAGACAGUUUAGCAUUUGCAGCUUUACUACAUCGACAUUAUCCAGAUUUGAUUGAUUAUGAACGAAUAUGUCAUAUUGAUAGUUUACAAGUACGACUAGAAAUUAUUUUUCAACGAGCCUAUCUACAUUUAGGCAUACCAAUACUCAUCGAAUCAAAAGAUUUUACUCAAACAUGUUGGCUAGAAGAACGUUGUGUAAUGACUGUUGUUGCGACAUGGUAUCGUUAUUUAACCAGUUCACAUAAUACAAAAUUAUCAUCGGAACGUGUUAGUAAAGUGAUUCAACACAGCUUAAUUAUAAGUCACAAAAUAUUUGAUUACAUUAAACAAGCAAAACGAUGGCUGAAAUGGUCAAAUGUAAAUAUUAAACAGAUUAACCAGUUGCUAAUUAGGCUACAAGAAUCAAAUCAAAUUAGAAAUGAAUUAGAUGUAAAGCAAGAAUUACAGAAUUUAAUGAUUUGGCGCCGAAAAGAAAAAGCAGAAAAAAUGUCUGAACUAGUCCAAUUAGAAACCCUGUUAACUGAAAUUCACACUAGUCAGCUGGCUGAAUCACAUCGAUUAUUCAAACCGCCAAAUGGUUUAAGCCUCAAUGACUUGGAAGAAUCUUGGAAAUGUUUAAUCACAGUUGAACAUAAUUGUCAUUUGGCUAUUGUAGAUGAAUUAAUUCGUCGAGAAAAUGUAAGUCUAUUAGGCAUAAAAUAUGAACGUAAAAUUGAAUUAUGCUUAAAUUGGUUACAAGAGAAUAUACAAAUUAUUAAUUUAGCAACACAAACUGAAGAUAUGAAAUUAUUAGAACAAAUGAAUUUAUUUAAAGUAUAUUUGAUUCACUUAACUACUACUACUACUACUCAUGAACACUCACAGGAAUUUCAGCAGGAAUUUCCACUUCAUCAUUUAAUCAUUACUCGUCAUCAAAUUACAUCAUCACAACAGAAACAUUCCGCUUUUAUGAAUGAUACCGAAACGUAUAUCCAUUUAAAAUUACAUAAAUUAAAUGAAUUAUUACAAUUGUUAACAAUAUCAUCUAUGCCUCAAUUACAAUGGGAUAAAUAUCAAAACCAAUGGGAUCAUUUAUUAAUAAUCAAUAAUCGAUUACAAAUGAAAUUAUAUCAUCGUGAAAAUAAUUUAAAAUUCUUUCAAGAAUGGUUAGAUUAUUUAUUACAAUUCAAUAAUCAAUUCGAAAUCAUCAAUAAUCAAUUCAAACAAAUCAAUCAAUUGAUCAAAGAAAAUAAAACGAAUUUGGUGGAUACCUAUUUAGAUCAAUUACAAAUGGAUAUUAAUCAAUUGGUGAUAUGGAUUGAAUCUGUAAAAACUUUAUUGAAUAGAAUAGAUCAUUCUGAAGAGAAAGAUCUUGAUGAUGAUAAUAAUCAUCAAUCAAGAUCAUAUUUACAAAUCAAUAUUAGACAUAGUUUAGAAUCUAUUCAAUUGUAUCAUACAAAUCUUGAAAAGAUUUUAUUAGAUAUAAGUCAAUGGAAUACAAUAAUAAAAAAUGUAUAUGGUUUAUUAAAUGAAAUGAAUGAAGAAUUAUUAUGGAUAAAAGAUCAAAAUGAUUCAAUUAAACCCCUUGAAUUUCUUAAAGAGGAACUCGUUGAAAAUUUCGGUCAGGUUGGUGUACAGACUCAUCAUUUGCAAAGUAGAUUACAUCUACUUAAUAAAGAACUUCAGUUAAGAUAUGGAAUUAAUUAUUAUAACCAUCAUUUAACUUCAUCAAAUCAAACAUUAUAUGUAGCAUUACAACAAAUUUCAACUAAGUUGAACUCUAUAAAUUUCAACCAACUAACCAUGAAUGAUAUUUCUCUAAUGAGUAUUCUUAAUAACAUACAUCUUGAUGAAUACAACUCGAAUGAAACUGAAGAAUAUCAUGAAAAUGAAAUCAUCGGAGACUUGAAAAAAUGCCCAUUCAUACGAAUAUAUGAAGAUAUUAUAUUAUCUUUAGGAAAUAUGCAUCUAUCCAAUUUUCCACUGGAUAAUUCAACAUGUACUAACGAUCAGAAUAUUCAACAUGAAGAACGUUGUACAAAAGUCGUUGAAUUUGUUAAAUUGUUACAAAGACAAUGGAGUAAACUACUGAUUGCAAUUAAUGACAUAAAUGUUAAACUAGCAAGACAUCAUCAAUAUUUAAAUGGAUUAUAUAGCUUAGUUAUACUCAAUACUAAAAUUGAAGAAACUAAUUUAAGAAUAUGUGAAACAUAUAAUGGUGUUCAAUUGACAUCAAUGCUUGUCGACUGUUGUCUUGAACCUGUUCGAGAUAAAUCAACACAGAAUGAAGUCAUUGAUACGUAUAAAACGGGAAUGAAAUCAACAACAAUAACUAAUACAUUGAGAGAACAAAAAGCUAUAACAAUUAAUAAAGAAAUUGUGAUUAAUUCAACAUUAAGGCAAAUGGAUCAUAUAAUUGAACAGUUGAAAUUAUUUACUACUCAUUUAAAUCGACUACAAAAUGAAGUAUAUGCUUUUCUACCAGCCAGAUCUAUUCUGAAUGAAAAUGAUUAUUCAGUAUUUCAUCACUUGAAAACCAAAUUAAAUCAUCUUUACAGAUCUAGAAAAUCCCAUGUGGAAGUAACAUUUCAGUCGGCUAAACAACAAAACAUCAAUAAUCAAGACAAUUAUAGUAGUGAUCAUAGUGAUGAAGUAUCACUAACCGGUCUACGAACAGUUGGUUCAUCAUUUCAAGAGGAUAUAGAUUCUGUUAUUUCUAUAUCCAGUCUUGAAAAUGAUAAAGAAGAGAAGAUAGACAAAAAUCAACUCCCAAGAACAACCACAUUGCAUGAAACAUUGAAUUUACAACAAACUGAUUGUGAAAUGACUUUGGCUACUAGUGAGUCUGAGAAUAAUCUACAGGGAUUGUUGUUUACAUCAACAAAAUCUAUCAUGAGUAGUACUGAAUGCAAUGAGGAUAAUAAAUAUUCUGAACAAAAUUAUAGAACUCCGAUGAAUUCCCCUGAAGAACAUGAAUUACCCAUCUUAUUACUUCCACAUAUUUCAAUGAUUGCUCAUCAUUUAUUAAAUAGGUUAAGUUUUAUUCAUAUGCAUUUCAUAGAUUGCUUAGAAAACAGUUUAAAAAUAAGGGAUAAAUUGGAACUUCGACGUGAUGUUUUACGUCUUGUUGACAAUAUUGUAUCAAUGGGAAAUUGGAUUGAAGAAAAGGAGAGAAUUUUGUUAACAUUCAAUCCUGUUAUAUAUCCUUCGAUGGAGUUUUUAAAAUCUUUACCAAUACCAUGUCCUAUUACUGUUACGGAAGAAAUUAUUCAUGCUAUAUCACAACUCUCUAUACAAGCUUAUCGUUUUAAAACAUUUGAACAUGAACUAAUAAGUCAUGCAAAUUUAAGAUUAAGUGAAAUUGGAAUGCUUAAUGAAGGAUUAUCGGAAAAUUUAAAGAAGCUUGACAAAGAAAGGGAUUUCAGUAUUCUUCAAUUUAUUCAGUCUACUAUAAAACUUAAUUUAUCAGUUGAGGAUUAUGUAGAUGACGAUGAAGAUGAUGUUGAUGAUGAUGAUGAUGAUGAUGAUGAUGAUGAUGAUGAUGACAAUGAAGAGGCACAUGAGGAAGAGGAUAGUAGUAGUGAAGCUAGAGAUAAACCAUAUGAAAUUAGUGUGGAUAAAGAAAGUAGUCAAGAAUUUGUUGAAACUAACCAUGAAAAUAAAAUAUUUUACCGACGUACAUCGAAACAUUUUAGUGAUGAACAAACUGACGACAACAAUGUUGACAAACCAAAAUAUUCAAAAUUAUUAGAUUAUAUUAACAAGAAAUGGCAACGUUUGAAGCUUUUACUCAAUGCACGUCGUGAACGAUUUGAAUUAGCUGCAUAUUUAUCAAAAUACCAUACUUUAUGUCAAACAACAAAAGAAUGGAUAAUACGUAAAAGAGAAUUACUCAUUUCAACUGAUGAUUUAGGCACAGAUUUAAAUAGUGUUAUGCAAUUACAAAGAAGAUUAUUAGGUUGGGAAAAAGAUUUUAUUGCAUUACAAGAUGAAAUCCAAAGUCUUAAUGUAGAAGGUGAAAGAUUAUUGAAAGCCUUAGUAGAGGAAGCUCCACAAAGAAGAGAUUUAUACCUUAUCUCCGGAGAAUUGUAUGCUUCAAAAGAAGUCAAUCAUUUAAGAUUAGAAUUGAAUCAGGAAUGGGAACUUUUACAAGUAGAAUUAAAAUGUCGUCAAGACAAAUUAUUAGCUUCAGCUGAACUGCAACAAUUUUUUCAGAGUUUAGAUGACAAUCAAUUAUGGUUACGUAAUAUUGAAAUUCGUGUAGCAACACAUCAAUUACCAUUGUCUGUAGAAGAAGCCAAAGCUGAAAUUGAUAUGCAUAAAGAAUUAGGUGAACAAAUUUUAGCUCGUAAAGAUGAAUAUAGUGAUUUAAUAAGUUAUGGACGAUGUAUUACAGCUGGUGAAAUAGAUGUACAUUACAUACAACUUGAUCAACGUUUAGAUAGAUUAGAAAAUGGUUGGUCAGAAUUAAUGCAAAUGUGGACAUAUGAACAAAAACUUUUACAACAGAAUUUAAACUUCCAGAUGUUUCUACGUGAUGCACAUUUAUUUGAAACUUUGUUGUCAACACAAGAAAGUAAACUAAUGAAUUAUCAACUCAUAAAACAAAAGAAUACAACCGAUAUGGUUGCUGCGUUAAAAUCUCAAAAUGAAAUUGUUCAAUGUUUAAUCAAUGCUAAUGAAUCAUUGAAUCAUUUAUGUGAUACCGGGAAUCAACUCAUUAUAGAUAAAGUAUAUUCAAUGGAGAAAAUACAAAAUAAAGUUUUAUUUAUAAAAAACAGAUAUAUCACACUACUUGAUGAAGCUCGUACACUAGUGGAUUCAACUAAAGAUUUAAUAGCACUUCGAGAGGAUAUGCAACAAAUUCAAACGCUACAAGAAUGGCUUAUAGAAAAGAAAGAACUUGUUGAAGAAUACGAUCAGGCAGGUAAACUAUCAAAUAUGAGUUCAUUGGUACCAUACAAAGUAUUUGUCAGUAAACAAUAUACACAACAUCGUGUCCUUGAAAGUGAAAUUGAAUCUAAUAAUGAUCGUAUUGAACAGGUUUUCCAAAAUGUAGUCAAUACCAUUGUACAAUAUCCACGUAUUGCGGACCAAUUGAGUGAAUCACUUGGUAAUUUAAUGAUACUAUGGGAGAGUCUACGUAAAUUAAUACGGGAACGAGGUGAUUAUAUGGUUCAGUUACAUAGGGCGAUUAUAUUUGAAGAUGGAUACAACGAAUUAAAUCGUUGGUUAGAUAAAUUUUUUAUAGAAUUUUUAUCUUUUAAAUCAUUUGAUCAAUUAAAACAAUUCGAAGAACAUGCUGAACAAGAUCCAUCAAUAAUGGUGGAAAGUUUAAUCGAACAAUUCACAUCAGAAUAUAAUCAGAAUAUGAAAAUGAUUGAAGGAACAACAGAAUCAUCAAGUAACAUUAUGGAAUAUCUUAUAGAAAAUAAGUUUAUGAAUCAAAAUUGGACCAAUAAAGCCAAUAUACCAGGUUGUACUAGUAUGAAUGAGGUAUCUUCUUAUUUGAACAAAAUGACCGAAUAUUUAAUCAAUAUUGAUGUAAAGAAAAAACUUCUAGUGGAACUUCAUGAACAUUCCAAGAUCCUAUCAAAUCUUGAUAACCAAAAUCAGAAUACUGAAGCAGAGUUAAAAAUGAAGAGUUUAAUCAAGAAAUUUUGGAAAAUUCAAAUAUUUGUUUAUGAACAUACUGAAGAACUGAAAGCACAAAAACACAUUUAUCAACUUUAUAGAGAUUUAGAAAAUGAGAGGAUUUGGACUCAUGAAAAACUUCUUUUAGCCGAUAACACUUAUAUUGGUCGUUCCUUAUUUGCUGUAAAUCAGCUAAUCAGGCAACAUCAAUUACUCAUAAAAGAAGUAGCCAAUAGGACAAAUAGAAUGGAAAUCACGAUACAAGAUGCAGUUAAUAUUAUAACGAAAUUUCAAUCAACGUUUGAAAUAGUCAUUGAUGAUGAUGAUUGUAAAACAAUUCAACAAUCAAAGAUUAGAUCGUCUGAGAAAACAAUGACCAUUCAAAUAGACGAUCAUUCUAUCAUUGAAAUUGAAUUAUCCACUGAUAUAGGUGUAAAAUAUAAAAUCCCUAAGAAAAUUCUAAUCGAUUUGGAUACAUUAGUGAUAGAAUUACGUUAUGAUUUAAAAAAUCUGAUUGAUCGAAUGUCUAAACGUACUGAACGAUUAAAUAUAGGCUUUCAAUGUUUUACACAUCUUGAUGAAUUUGCAGAAUUACGCAAUUGGUUACAAGAGUGUGAAGAUAUGUUACUAUUAGAAUCAAGAGCUAGUCGUGAUAUAAUUACAGCUAAAACUGAACUUAAAAAACAUGCUCAUAUUGAAUUUCGUGUAAAUACGCUGUUAGCAAAUUGUGUUCGUGAUUUCAAUCAGAAAUCAUUAAAGCUAAUCAAUGAAUUUUUGGAACGUAAAGAAAAAUACAAAAAUCAACUAGAUUUAAUUAAAACAAAUGAAAAUCUACAAAAAGUUGUUGAGCAAUUGUCUGAAAUGCAAGUUGACCAACGAACUACUCAAAGUCAAUGGUCACAGUCUAUUCUACAUGAUGAAAAUAUGAAUAAAGUAAAACAAAGUUCAUUUGAUAAUUUAAUAAAUCGUCGUAAACUUCGUAGUCAAAUUAAACAACUACGUAAACGUAUCCAAGUUAUACAGUCUAUUCAACGAAUUAUGGAUCGUCAAUAUGCAAGUCUAUUAGAUGUUUGCGUACAGAAACGUCAACGUUUAGAAGAAAUUCUAUCUUUGAGCAUUGUUUAUGAAGAAGUUUCAGAAUUGAAAAAUUGGUUAAAUCAACAAAUCACUAUAGCUUCUUCAACAUACACUGGUCGAAGUUUGAAUGAAUGUGUACGUAUUAUCAAUCGCUUUGUGCAUUUUGGUGAAAAUCUUCUAGGUGAAUCUUUUACAUCGUUUGUAGAAGUUGAAUUACAUUCAUUUGAUCCUAUUUCAACAGUAUAUACCAUAAACAUAACUGAUCAAUUUGUACAUACAUCUGGUUUAGCUUCUGAACGUACAGCAAGAGUUAUGAAUAUGUGUCGUUGUUUAAUACGUACAAAACAUUCAGAUUCUCCACGUAUUGCAUUUUGGCAAGAUAUUAUUUCAGAAACAUGGGCUGAUUUACGUGAAUUAAUUUAUUCACGAGUUAAAUUAUUAAUUUCAGCUGCUCAUCGAUUUAUUUUUAUAAUUCGUUGCUCUGAAACUUUGAAACUUGUUCAAGAAAAAUCGGAUCAACUGUCUCAAUCCAUUGGUAAAGACGUACAAGCCAUUUGUAAACAACUUUCAUUGUUAUCUGCAUUUGAACAAGAUGUCCAAGCUCUUGAACCACUAAUUAAUUGGGUAGAAAAAGCAGCGGAUUAUCUUCUUCCUCUAUAUUCUGGUAAUUGGAUUAAACGUUUAAAAAAACCACGUGAUAUUCUCCUCUCUGUCUGGUAUCAACUUAAAGAUAAAACUCAUCUUCGUCGUAUCAGAUUAAAACGUGCUAUUGCAUUAUAUCGUUGGAUAUCCAAUUUAGAUGCUUUUUUCAACUGGACCCAACAAUGUCAAAAAGAAUUAGAACAUAUUGAAAUGGAUAUAUGGAAUAUGAAUCCAUCACAAUCUACUGUCAUCAAGAAAUCGAAUCACAUUACAACUGAGAAUAUAAAAUAUGCCAUGGGUCAAGCACUUCAGUUGCGAGCCGAACUAAAUGCUAGAGAUGACAAAGUCAAGUCAUAUUUAGAAGAAGGUAAAAGACUGAAAGCUUCAUUCAAACAACAUUUGAUGCAAUAUGAUAAGUCAAGAUAUGAAAAGUGCCAUCAGCCAUACGAAAUGUCUCAGUUAUAUUUGAAAACGGAAAUAGGAAAACAACAUGGAACUAAUAAUCCAGCUGAUGAAAUACAAAUUUGUAAGAUCAGUGAACAGCGGAAGAAGUUACGGAAUAAUACCUUACAAAAUGUGAAUGUUACUGACAAGCAUUGUAUUAUAGAAAAAGCUGAACAACAUAGUCGAAUUGCAACAGUUAGAUCAAUUUCCUCUGAUCCUCACCUUGAAUCUGUGAGGUCAAAUGCAAAUUACAGUCAAAAGUCAGAUUCAUCAUCUAUGGGAUUAAAUCAACUGACUUUACAAAAUGAGAGUCAUAUGAGCGAUGAAGAAGACCAAAUAAUAACAGAUCUUCAGUUACGUAUGACACGAUUAGUAACAUCAUGGUAUAAUUUGCACAAGAAAUGGCAUCAAAUAUAUGAACGACUAGAAUUACAACUUAGUAUUAAUGAAUUUGCAAGUGUCGCCGAUUCUUUGGAACGUUGGCUGGUACUUCAUUCAGCAGAAGUAGAAUGUUUAGAUAUGGGUGAUUCUAUCAAGGAAACACAAAUAUUAAUUGAUCGACUAAACGUUCUGGAACGGAAUACUGUGCCACAAAUCAGUAGAUAUGAAAAAGUUAAACAACCUACAAAGUUUGAACUCACUGAGAUCAAUGAAAAUAUGCUGAAUGUGCCAAUAAGUUGUGUGAAUAUUGUUCACAGUCCGGAUCUAGAAAAUAUACAAACACUUUUAAAUUACUAUGAAUUGAACGAAACAGAUGCAUCAAAUGAUUUUGAUGAUUCUAAGCAGAAUGUCGACACAAUGACAGAUGAGAAUUUAAAGGAUACUACUGAUUCACCUGAAGUUAGUUGGGAGGUGACAGAAGACUCUAUAAGUGACUAUUUAAUGAGAAAACACGAGUGGAUUAAUCAUAAUUGUAAAUCUCGCGAUCGUUCCUGGUAUGAACUAUAUAUGGUCUUAAAUACAUCAGUUAAACAGCUGUUAGCCUAUAAAAACAAAUCUGAUUACAAUGAAGAUAAUCCUCAAUCCAAUACAUUUCGUGGAGAGACUGGAUUAUUGGUGGGACAGAAUCUGUUAACUGCUUGUGAAACAAAGGAUUAUACGAAACGAUCCAAUACAUUUCGCAUUACAUCUACGGCUACCGGAGCUCGGUAUCUAUUCCAAGCUCAAACCAGUGAAAUUAUGAGAAAGUGGCUUGGUUUAAUUCAAAAUAUCAACCGGCAAACGAGAUCAACAUCAGGUCCAACCCUCAUCACUUUAUCGAGACCAUCUGAAGAAUUCCAGAAUCCUUUAGUCAUUGUAGAUAUGCAUGAAACAUUGACUACAUCGAAAAAAUUAACUUUAACACAAAUGUUGAGAUCAAAGACAACUAAUCAAAUAUCAUGCAUGCGAAGACAUAGUUCAACCCAGGAUAAUGAUCUUACAAGUAAUAUGUUAGAGAACACAGAAUCACCACAAAUUCGAAUGAAACGAUUUCCUUCAGUGCGCACAAUGAAAGUAUUUUCACCAAGACAAGUAGUACGUUGGCUGACAUUUAAAUAUUCUUCAUUUUCACCCUCCUGCUCCUCCUCCUCCAGUAUGAGUCAUCAAACGCCUAAAUUGAUUAGAAGUAGUACAUCACAUAAUAUGGAAUCUGAACAGUCUGGUCAACCAACUCCAUUACUACGCAAAAGUUUAACUUAUGGUUCCUUGCAUAAAAUUAGUCGAUUUUCUAUUACUACACCAAAGAGUCAUAAAGAUACAUGACAUGGAUAUCAUUAGAAUUGGUGUGUAAAAUACAUAUCGACUAUAACAUUCAAUUACCGUUAAUGUCCCCCCCCACCAAAAAAAUGAUAAUUUUUAAUUUAGUUUAUAAGGUAUCAGCAAACAUUCAACAAAGAGAAUACUUCAUUGAGCUUUUAAAUGUUUA